UUGUUGGUGGGUGUUUCUUAUGAAAUUGUUUUGAGUGGAAACUUUUGGAGAGAGAAAAGAAAACAAAGAGAAAGAAAUAUCGAUCGAUUUGUUUUGUCUGAGUCUCCGUUGUGGCAUUGGGCUAUUGUUUACUCUGUUUGUUUCAAUCCAACGUUGGUUGUAGUUUUGGCGUGCGUGCGUGUGUUGGGUGUCCAAAAAGUUGAAUCAGCGACCCCAUGAGACCUCAGAGAACGUCGAUCUACGCCGUCACGUCAUGGGUGAGGCGACAACCCCCAAAGGUAAAGGCUUUUCUCGCCGUCGUUUCCGGCAUGGCGGCUCUCGUCCUCCUCCGCUUCAUCGUCCACGAUCACGACAAUCUCUUUGUUGCUGCUGAGGCUGUCCACUCUCUGGGAAUUUCCGUCCUCAUCUAUAAGCUCACGAAGGAGAAGACUUGUGCUGGGUUAUCACUCAAAUCCCAGGAAUUAACAGCUAUAUUUUUAGCUGUUAGGCUUUACUGCAGUUUUGUCAUGGAAUAUGAUAUCCACACCAUACUUGAUUUGGCUACUUUCAUAACAACACUGUGGGUUAUAUAUAUGAUUCGUUUUAAGCUGAAGGCUAGUUACAUGGAGGAGAAGGAUAACUUUGCAAUAUACUAUGUGGUGGUCCCCUGUGCUGUGUUAGCAUUGCUUAUUCAUCCAUCAACUUCUCAUCAUCUAAUAAACAGGAUUUCCUGGGCAUUCUGCGUAUAUCUGGAAGCUGUUUCAGUCCUGCCCCAGCUGCGGGUCAUGCAGAACACCAAGAUUGUUGAGCCAUUCACAGCCCAUUACGUAUUUGCACUGGGUGUCGCAAGAUUCUUGAGCUGUGCACAUUGGGUUCUUCAGGUAUUAGAUAGCCGUGGGCAUUUGUUGGUAGCCUUGGGGUAUGGUUUAUGGCCAUCAAUGGUUCUUAUCUCAGAAAUUGUCCAGACCUUCAUCCUGGCAGAUUUCUGUUACUAUUAUGUCAAAAGUGUUUUCGGGGGACAGCUUGUUCUACGUCUUCCCUCUGGAGUGGUGUGAUUGAAGAUAUGCUUUGGUGUGAGCUGUCUGUCACACUAUUUUUAACAUAAUCAGGCAUUAUGGUCGGUUACCCUUGUUAGAGUACAUUUUGUGUUGGCUCACUUGUUCGGUUCUUUGGUGGAGUGUAAAGUUGGGGAUGAAAGAAAACCAAGUAUAUUUAUUUUAAGGUACUACGGUUAUUUAUAGUUGGAA